AUGUUCCAAAGGGCUAUCCUCAGACAGACCCAGGCCGCCCGGUCGGUCCUCUCCUCCACAACUGCUGCGCCGCUGGCGCUCCGACGGACGAGGCUCCCCCUCGAGACUGAGGGAGAGAAAAAUGGAGAAAAUGUCGAAGACCCCGUCCGCAAGGAGCUGGAGGAGAAGAAGCGGGAAGUGAUUGACCUUAAGGACAAAUACCUCCGCUCCGUCGCCGAAUUCCGCAACCUCCAGGAGCGCACCAAGCGCGACAUGGACGGUGCCCGCAACUUCGCCAUCCAGCGGUUCGCCAAGGACCUCCUGGAGAGCAUUGACAACUUCGACCGUGCACUGCUGGCUGUGCCCAAGGAGAAGCUCAGCGCCCCGGAAACCGAAGCCAACAAGGACCUGCUCGACCUCGUCGCCGGUCUCAAGAUGACCGAGCACAUCCUCAUGAACACCCUCCAGAAGCACGGUCUGGAGCGAUUCGACCCCAGUGAGAAGCCUGAUGGCCAGGCCCAGAAGUUCGACCCCAACCUGCAUGAGGCCACCUUCAUGUCCAAGGCCGAGGGCAUGGAAGACGGCGACGUGAUGUACACCCAGAGCAAGGGUUUCCGACUGAAUGGCCGCGUUCUGCGGGCUGCCAAGGUCGGUGUCGUCAAGAACACAUAA